AGUACUAUACCCUACUUGUCCUUGAUCCACAGUAUUCCUAGCUACUCGUAUUACUUCCCGUGGUUUUUCAUUUACUAUUCUCCUUUCAACAAUUUACUACAAAAAAAUCUAAUUUCCAAUAGUGGUGGCUAGCUGAUCAAUAAUCAAGAGUGGUGGCUAGCUGUGUGCUAUAAAUUUGAUCAAAGGAGUAGAUUGCAUGUAAGAAAAACCCUCUCUGAUCUUUAACAUAUAUAUUCAGUCUUUCUUUUAAUUUUUGAUCUGAAUUGGUUUCUCUCUGGCCUCUAGUCCUCUCCCCAACAAAAGAAUGGCUGCCAAUAAUAUACCACCAUUUUUUACCGGCCUUGAUGAAAAAACACAGUUGCAUGAAGCUCCACGCCGUUCUGCCAAUUAUCAUCCCAGCAUUUGGGGAGACUUCUUCCUAUCAUUUUCUUCUCUACAAAUGGACAAAAAGACCAGAGAAUUGCAAGAAGAUCAUGAACAACUAAAGCAAAAGGUGAGGAACAUGCUUGUUGAAGAUCCCCACAUUUCAUUGCAGAAACUAGAACUGAUUAACAACGUCCAACGGUUAGGAGUGAGUUAUCAUUUCGAAAAGGAGGUUAGAGCAAUCCUGCAAGAAAUAUUUGAGGUCAACGAUGACCUUAACGCCAAGGACAUAGAGGCGGAUGAUCUUUAUGCCAUUUCUCUUCGCUUUCGACUACUUAGACAAGAAGCGUAUCAUGCACCUACCGUGGCUCAUUCAAACUUGAAGAUAGAUAGGGACUUAUCAAGCCUCCUACCCCUAUCCAUACUACCAAGGACGGAGGUACAUGUAUGGCAAGGCCCCCCAACUUUUUUAUUUUUUUAGUAAUACUAAUGUUAAAUAUGAAAUAAUCUGAAAAGAUUAGGUCAGAACUAUCUCAUAGAGGCUGAAAUGCUUUCGGGUAGAUUUUUUUGAUGAAAUUUUGUUAGAAUGUUUUCGAUAAAGAGUAGAUUAUGUCCACCAAACUUCAACUUAUAAUUCAAUGGGAGGUUAAUGAAAAAACACUGCAUCUUUUAAAUAUGUUUUGGCACACUGCUUUUCAAUAAUUUAUUUAAGUGACUUCGCGAUUGAAUUUUAAACUGAAAUUUGGUGUAAAAUCUGCACAUCAUGAAAAACAUUCUCACAAAAUUCCAUCAAAAAAUCAAUCCGGAAGCACCUCAAACUUAGCCGGUCGGAAGGCGAAUCCCGUCAGGUACUUUUGAUAGAAUCAUUCCUUAUGCAAUAAUUACAUAUAUAUGAUUAAAAUAGGACAUAAUCUGUGUUGCUUCCCAAAUAGAUCUUAUUUAUUCCUAUUAAAAAUAAUGUGAUUAAAGUUUUCCAAAAUAGGAGUGAAUAUGUCCUAUUGCGAAAAUAAAACAAUGAUAAUCCUAUUUAUGAACUUUAUUUUUGUUUUUGUCUUAUUUAGAGAAUUUUCUGUUUAUUGUUUUUGUUGCUUCUUGCCCCCCCUCCAACAACUAAAUCCUGACUCCGUCCCUGCAUACUACACCACAUUCAAAAUGAAUUGUGAGAGGUAUUGGCCCUAUGGGCCUUGGCCUUCUUUUCCAAUUUAUCCGGCACUUGGGGCUUUACCAUUUGGUUACCACCCAGCCCAUUUACCUCCUUACCAGAUCCAUCCCUUGUGUUCGGCCCCUUUACUCUUUGUGACCUACUUACCUUGUUGGGCUUUCCCUGACCCGCCUAUUUAAUCUUUGACCUGUCUCUCUGCUGGGAAGAGUGAGCCGCAUAUGUGUAACCCUAGUUCUAGAGCCUUUUGUUUAGAGAGAGGGUCUAUCUUCUCUCUAGCCUUUCUCCUUCUUCCGCUCCUCUCUUCACCUCCUUCGUGUGUGUGUGCGCUCUGAAAGUUCUAGGGUGAGGUUUGAGAGUGUAGCUGGGUUUGGGGUUGCGGUUCUGGUACCUUGGUGGUGGUUCCCGGUCCGGUAGGUUCUUUUGUAGUGGUUGUGAGUUGUUUCAGAACCUUUGGGUUCAUGUGGCUGGAGACCUGAGCUGGAAGAUCUAUCAGCCUUACAGUGGUAUCAGAGCUUGGUUCUCGCCGUCUCUCGACGGAAAGCUCCACCGGAAACCCAACAGCUACUCACCUCUGACGACAUCGGCUCCCUCCUCUUCGUGCAUGGUAAGUCGGAUAAUCCCACUGGAUAUCCGCUCAGGUAAAUUGGCUUGAAACACCCUAGGUGCAUCAGGUGCCUCCGGAUUUGGUUUACUUUACUCCCCCUUUCCCCGCGCGGUCGUGAGUUGAUUUUAUCCCGACCGCCAUCACCUCAGGUAUGUCGGCCGAAUCUCUCCUUUGCAUGUGUUAAUCUUCAUGUUGCAUGUUCAGAUUCGUGAUUGGUUUGUGUUCUUGACUGUCUCUCUGUGUGUUUGGGGUAGUGGGUUGGGGCUGGUUUCUUUUUUGUUCUUGCACCUUUUUGUAUUCUGUGAGUUUGUUCUUUUUUAGUAUUGUUUCUCGUUCCUCAGUUGUCUGUCUAUCUAUGGAUAACCUAAGUGAUUCUCUCUGAUUAGUGAAGGCGCGUGGUGUUAGGGCUAGGGGAUACCCUGCCAGCCACCAGAGUGGCUUCAGAACUGCGUGGUCCUCUAGUCCGCUACCUGACCUACUCUAGGGUUUUCACUUGAUUUGUCUGUGUGGCAUCUCUUAGGUUUCUGUGUAUUUUGCCAUGGCUGCUAAUCGAUAUGGAAUGUUGACCUUUAAUGGGAAAACCGAUUUUGAUAUCUGAAAGCAAAAGAUUAAAUGUCUUUUAAUUCAACAAAAAGUUUUCAGAGCUGUCACUGGGAAGUUUUUAGAAACUGAAAAUGAGGCUAAACAACUUGAAAUGAAUGAAACUCACUGUUCAACAAUUUACUUAAAUCUUUCUGACUCCGUGUUAAGGAAAGUUGGUAUACUUGACUCUACAAAAGAUUUGUGGGAAAAACUUGAUAGUCUGUAUACUGAUACCUCCUUACCAGGCAAACUAUUUUUACUUGAAAAAUUUUUCCGGUUCAGGCUUGACCUUACGAAGGAUAUAGAUGAAAAUUUGGAUAUUUUUAAAAAACUUGUUCAAAACAUCAAACACGCUGGUGACAAGCAUAUUGAUGACUACACCCCAAUUAUUUUGCUCAAUGAUAUUCCUGAUUCUUAUAGUGAUGUCAAAUCUGCCAUCAAGUAUGGUAGAGAUGAUGUUACUUUAGAUAUUGUGGUUAAUGGCUUAAAAAGUAGAGAACUUGAUUUGAAACAAAAUAGAGGUCAUGGCAAUCAAUCUGGUGAUUCUAGUGAGGCCUUUUUUGUGAGGGGUAGGUCUAAGAAUAGAUCUAAGAACUCCAAGAAGGAAAAUCAAUAUAAGAAUAGUCAGAAGCCUAGUAAGAAGAGAGGUAAGUCUAAGAAAAGGGUCUGUUACAAUUGUGGUAAGUCUGACCAUUUCAUAAAGGACUGUCCCAGUCCUAAAAAGUCUGACCAGGCCAACUCUGCUGUCUCUAAUGAUAUACAUGAUAAUGUGUUUAUGGUCUAUGACUUUGCAAACUCUGUGCUAAGUGGCUUAACUGAAAAUGAAUGUCUUAUUGACUCUGGUUGCACUUAUCAUAUGACUCCUUUUAAAUCCUUAUGUUCUUCCUAUGAUCUUUGUGAUGAUGGCUAUGUGUCUCGAGCUGAUAGUAAGAAAUGCAAAGUGCAUGGGAUGAGGAGCAUAUGUUUGAAGUUUGAUAAUGGGACAGUGUACACUGUGAAAAAUGUGAAGCAUGUUCCAGAUCUGUGUCAUAAUCUGUUUUCAGUUGCUGCUUUUGAGGAUAGUGAGUUAGAGGGAAAAUGGGGUAAUGGUUAGAUGAAGGUUUUGAAAAAUUCCUUGGUUAUGUUCAAAGCUUUGAAGGUGAAUAAUUUGUAUGUGUGACAUGCUGUUCCAUUCUCUGAUUCUGCUAAUGCUGUUUGUCCUGAUAGCUCUGUGUUGUGGCAUAGUAGGCUAGGUCACAUGAGUAAUAAGGGUCUAGAAAUCAUGCAUAAAUCUGGUUAUUUUGGUAAAGAUUGUGUGUCUUCUGUGCCUUUCUGUGAAACAUGUGUUCUUGGUAAGCAGCAUAGGGUCAUUUUCCCUAGUUCCUCCUAUCCAAACCUGUCUAAGUGUACCUCUGCCUUAGAGUAUGUUCAUGCUGAUGUCUGGGGCCCUGCAAGUAUCUCUACCCAUGGUGGUAAGAGAUAUUUCAUGUCUAUUAUAGAUGAUUUCUCUAGGAAAGUUUGGUUUUGUCUCUUACAGAAUAAGUCUGAUGCUGUAGAGAAGUUUAUGGAGUGGAAAACCCUAGUUGAAACCCAGUCUGAUCUUAAGAUUAAAGCCCUUAGAACUGAUAAUGACCUAGAGUUCUGUAAUAAGGAGAUAAAUCAAUUGUGUGUUGACUAGGGAAUAAAAAGGCACAAUACUGUGCCCUAUACUCCCCAGCAGAAUGGUGUAGCUGAGCAUAUGAAUAGAACCUUGUUUAAUAAAGUAAAAAGUCUCCUUCCCACCUCUGGUCUGUCUAAGCAAUUCUGGGGUGAAGCAGUUAACACUGCUGCCUAUUUGGUAAAUAGGUCCCCCUUUGUUCCUCUAGGAGGAAAGUGCCCCGAGUCAGUUUACUCUGGAAAUAAAAGCCCCUAAACUUGUCCAACCUUAGAGUGUUUGAUUGUACCGCCUAUGUUCAUCAGCAGCUGGAUAAGCUAGAUCCUAGGUCUAAGAAGUGUGUCUUUCUAGGGUAUCCUGAGGGGGUAAAAGGUUAUAGGCUGUGGGAUAGAAACCAGGUGGGUUUUAAGGUAGUGAUCAGUAGGGAUGUAAUCUUCAAUGAAUAUGAAUUUCCCUGUCUGUCUAGUCCUACCACAAAACUAAGUUCUGAGAGUGUUCAGUCUGAGGUGGAGUCUACUCCCGCUGCUACCAUUCCAUUGUUUAACAAUGUUAAUGAUUCCGAUGCUAACCUGCAUGGUACUACCCCUUCUAGUGGGGUGGAGUCUUCUCAUGAUUUUGAUUUACAUGAUAAUUCUGAACAACAUGAUUCUAUGGAGCAUGAUAUACCUGAUUUGCAUAACUAUCAAGUUGUUAGAGAUAGGAGUAGAAGGACUCUUAAGAAGGUGUUUGAUUCUAUGUCUGAUUAUGCUUUUCAUGUGCAUGAUACCUCCAGAUUUGCUUACUCUGUGUUUGAGACCCUUGAGUUAAAUGAGCCCAAAACCCAUAAGGAAGCCCUUACUUCUAAGGAGUCCCAGAAGUAGCUUGAUGCCAUGAAUAGUAAGAUGGAGUCUCUUAGACUUAACAAAAUUUGGACAUUGGUCCCUAGACCUCCCAAUUGUUCUGUUGUUGAAUGAAAGUGGUUCUUUAAGUUCAAGGAAGAACCUCAAAGUGUGAGAUUUAAGGCUAGGUUAGUGGCUAAGGAGUUUACUCAAAAAGAGGGGGUAGAUUAUGCUGAAAUUUUUUCUCCUGUGGUUAAGUUUACUACUGUUAGGAUCAUGCUUGCUUUAGUUGCUCACUUUAAUUGGGAAAUGAAACAAAUGGGUGUGACCACUGCUUUUCUACAUGGUGAUCUUGAUAAAAAGAUCUAUAUGACCCAACCUGAGGGGUUUGUGGAUCCCAAGAAAAGUGAUUAUGUGUGUUUGCUAAGGAAGGCUUUAUAUGGUCUCAAGCAGUCUCCUAGGCAAUGGAAUAUUAAGUUUGAUCAAUGCAUGAAAUCUAUGAAAUUUGUUAAGUCUGCUUGUGAUCAUUGCUCAUAUUAUAAGGAUACCUCAUCUGUGCCAGUAUUCUUAUCACUUUAUGUGGAUGAUAUGUUAAUUAUCAAUCCUAAUCUUGAUUCCAUUGUUCAUGUGCAAAAGUGUCUCUGUGAAAACUUUUCAAUGAAAAACCUAUGGGAUGCUAAGAUGAUCCUAGGCAUCAAUAUCAAUAGGGAUAGAAGCAUGUCUACUCUUUUGUUAAACCAAGUUUCUUAUGUAGAGAAGGUUUUGAGUAAAUUCAACAUGCAAUCUGCUUCCCAUGUGAAUGUUCCUUUAGCAUCACAUUUUGUGCUAUGUAAGGAUCAGUCCCUCAAGACUGAUUCUGAAAUAAGUGAUAUGAAAUAUGUUCCUUAUUCCAGUGCUAUAGGAUCUGUUAUGUAUCUUAUGGUCAGUACUAGGCCUCACAUUGCUUAUUCUAUAAGUUGCUUGAGUCAAUAUAUGUCAAAUCCUGGUAUGCCUCACUGGAAUGCUCUGAAAUGGCUUUUGAGAUACCUUAAAUCAACUGUGAAUCAUGGUUUGUUUUUUGCUAAGUGUUCUGAUGGUACUGUGUUACGUGGAUAUGUGCAUUCUAACUAUGCUAAUGAUAGGGAUAAUAGGAAAUCCACUUCUUAUGUGUUUACUUUGUAUGGAACCUGUAUUAGUUGAAAGUCCCAGUUGCAACCCAUUAUUGCCUUGUGCACUACUGAGUCUGAGUAUGUUGCUGCCACUGAAGCCUUUAAGGAAGCUAUUUGGCUUAAAAGGCUUGUCAGUGAUUCAGGUUUUCUUAAACAAAGACUUACAGUUUUCUCAGACAGUCAGUCUGCCAUACAGCUUUGCAAGAACCCUGUGUUUCAUGACAGGACCAAGCACAUUGAUGUCAGGUUCCAUGUCAUUCGAGAAAUUGUGGAGGCAGGUGAUAUCUAUACGAAAAUAUAAUUGGGAGAAUAAUGGCUUGCCCUAUUGGGUGCCUUAGCAUUGUAUUUAUAAUAAAACAGAGUUAUGGAAUAUUACAAAGCAAUCCCUAAUUAUUACAUUAUUACAACCCCUCAAUUUGUGCAGGGGAAAUGACGUGCAAAUUGGAACGUAAAAACUCAAAACGCUGACUAGAUAAGUUCUCGGUGAAGAUAUCCGCCAACUGUAACUGGGUGCUUUUGAAUAUUUUUUGGAAAGUGAUGGCAAAUUCAAGGAAUCCAUGAUCAACAAUGUGGAUGCAAUGUUAAGCUUGUAUGAGGCGUCACAUGUAAGAGUUCACGGUGAUAAGAUUUUGGAUGAAGCACUCAUAUUUACCACUACUCGUCUACAAACCCUAUUUACAAACCCUACAUUCAGAUCACCACAAGUUAGUGAAGCACUAGAACAGCCCAUCUGUAAAAGAUUAGCCAGGAUAGAUGCAAGAAAAUACAUAUCCAUUUACCAACUUGAUGAAUCGCAUGAUGCUGUCCUGUUGGAAUUUGCAAAACUUGAUUUCAACUUGUUGCAAAGACAGCAUCAGAAGGAGCUAGGCAGCCUUACAAGGUGGUGGAAAGAAUUAGAUGCAGCAGAAAAACUGCCAUUCGCUAGAGAUAGAAUGGUAGAGUGCUAUUUGUGGACAUUGGGAGUGUACUUUGAACCGCAAUAUGGUUUUGCAAGAGACUUUUUUCUUAAAAUAAUAUCUCUGACUUCAAUCCUCGAUGACAUAUAUGAUGUUUAUGGAACUCCUCAAGAGCUCCGGUUAUUCACACAUGCUUUCCAACGAUUAGAUGAGAGUCAUGUAAACGAAUUGCCAGAAUAUAUGAAAAUAGUCUACACAGCCUUUCUAGACGCAUAUGCUGAAAUGGACAAAAAGUUGGUAGCCAAAGGGGAAUCCUACCGCAUCAAUUAUGCCAAAAUUGAGAUGAAGAAAUUAGUGGAUGCAUACUAUGAAGAAGCCAAGUGGUUGUAUGUUGAUGGGUCUCCAACUUUUGAUCAGUAUAUGAGGGUGGCACUUCAGACAGGUGCUCAUUUGAUGCUAGCAACAACUUCUUUAGUAGGAAUUCAAGAAGAGUUCGUAACUAGAGAGACCUUUGAUUGGCUGAGCCAAGAUCCUUUAAUUGUUCGAGCUUCUGCCAUUAUUGGCAGAUUAAAGGAUGACAUAGCAGGGCACAAGUUUGAACAAGAAAGAGGGCAUGUGGACUCAGCUGUAGAAUGCUACAUGAGACAAUAUGGGAAGUCAGAAGAGGAAGCUGUGAGAGAACUUGAAGAACAAGUGAGCAAUGCAUGGAAAGACAUCAAUCAAGAAUGCCUUAAACCAACUGCUACUUUUCCAUUGCCUAUACUCAUCCGAGUGGUCAACCUUGCAAGGGUUAUUGAUUUGGUGUAUGAUGGUGAUGGGGAUUCAUACACACAUUCCUCAAAGCUUAAAUCAAUCAUCACCUCUGUCUUGGUUGAUCCGAUCUUGUGAAUCUCGUAAUAGUUAAAUCUAUUAUACGAAGUUUAUAUUACUUGUAACUAAUACGGAGUAUAAUAUAUGAGUGUUUUUGUAAACAAUUAUACUAUCAUUAUAUAUGGGAGUAAUUUGAAUGACAAUCAUU